AGACUACCAGCACAACCUGAUCCUGACUUGAAGAAAGACGCCGGUGCCCAUUCCAGGGCGUAUUACAGCCGUCAACUCAUCACUGCUACUCCACUUGACUCCGGCUACAUAUCAUUUUCAUCUCGUCUUCUCUCCAAGGUCCCUGUAUCCUAGGGCAUGGACCUUCCUGAGCUGCACAGCUUCGGUGUUCAGAUUGCGAGUUGUCAUACCGUUCGGCAUCGGUCUAGUCUCGUUCAAGCUGUUUGGUUCUCCAUUCAUCAUCCCAGAAAACUAUGAGAUACAGCUCGCAUGCACCGCUGGUAUCACUGUUUGGGAAUCUAUCCGUCUGAUCGUAUAAAGUUCACCUUUUCUCGCCCAUGUUUUUCUUCCAGCGUACCUUCCCCUGGCUGCAUCCCCUAUGCGCGUGACCCUGAGCUUUCGCGUCCUGGCGUGCCUCGCCGUCGUCGCACUGGCGCAGCCUGCUGUUGUGGCUGCCAAGAGCCAGGUACACUGCAGCCCCAGCCUACGACGAGUCGCCUGCGUCCGCGGCCGAUGCUUCCAAAUGCAGUCCUGUCCCCGCGGCCGUGUACUCUACAGCGAGAACGACAGUUGCUGCCCCGACCAUUCCAGACGCGAUCAUUCGGUGAACACCUGGACCCCCGAAUACGCUGACGGGAAAUCCGACUCGAUACCGCAUCCCUGGCGACCGCAUUUCGUCCGGCUGGGAAAUGUACCAUACAAUCCAUCCUGAACUGCGGCACCACGAGCCCCCCACCUGUACAUGCAAUCUCCAGCACACACACUCCUUACCUGUUGUCUUAUUGAAUGUAAAUUUACUGCACCACUGAUGGCCGGGAGCCAUAAACUUUGUC